CAUAAGAAAUCAGGACAUGUUUAGAUCAGAGCAUAUACAUGGUAUUACCGAUGCAGUAGGUGAUGGGUGUGUGGAUGGCGACGCUGUUGGAAAGAGGACCAUUGUGCCCUCCAGUCACAUGGGUGGUCGUCGUUAUUUUAAUGAGAAUUUCCAUGAUGGCCUUGCUGUUUGUCGGGUGCAUGGUGCACCAGAUGUAUUUACCACUUUCACUUGUAAUCCCAAGUGGCCUGAGAUCACCGCUGCAUUGGAGCCAGGGCAGGCGUCUUCUGAUAGGGCAGACGUUGUUAUUAGGGUCUAUCACAUGAAGCUUGCCGAGUAUUUGGACGAGAUCAAGUCAGGCCGGGCUUUUGGCCCCAUUAAAGCUGUCCUGUAUACUGUUGAGUUCCAGAAGCGUGGGCUGCCACACGCGCAUAUACUUGUCUGGCGGAGAGGGGGCAACGAUGAGAUUGGUGUUGAAAAUAUUAAUUCAUUAAUAUCUGCUGAAAUACCUGAUGCAUUGCUUGAUCCUCUAGGAUAUGCUUUAGUUUCUGAGUUUAUGAUGCACGGUCUGUGUGGUGAAAUGAACGAUAAAUGUGUCUGCAUGAAAAAGGGUGUUUGUUCUAAAUAUUUCCCAAAAGAUUUUAGAGAUACCACUGUCAUUGAUGAUAAUGGGUUUGCCUUAUAUCGAUGUCGUGACGACGGUCGAAGGGUCUAUAAAAAUGGUCAUUACCUUGACAAUAGGCAUGUUGUUCCUUAUAAUAUGGCGAUGCUCAAGAAAUUUCAGGGACAUAUAAAUGUAGAGUGGUGUAACAAGACACAUGUUAUGAAAUAUCUCUUUAAGUAUGUCACCAAAGGUGCUGACUACUCUAAGGUCAUGUUAGAAAGGCUAAAAAAUUUGACUAAAUCUGGUUGCCGUACAGUAGAUGAGGUUCAGGAGUAUCUGAUAUGUCAGUAUAUAUGUGAGUACAAUGCAUUGUGGCGCAUAUUUGGGUUUGAAAUACACUUUAAAAUGCCGUCGGUUCAAAGGCUGACCGUUCAUAUGCCUGGCAUGAAUACUGUUUACUAUCGUGCUGGUGCUGACCUCACGAAAAUUGUUGAUUCCGACUUCUUGCGAAAGACUAUGCUUACCGAAUGGUUUGUUGCGAAUGAGACGUUCGAAGAUGCCCGUUCAUUAACUUAUUGUGAUUUUCCAACUGCUUGGACCUGGGACGCUAAAAGUAGGUCAUGGCAUCCAAGGGGUGGGGGUGAAAAGAUUGGCCGCGUGUAUUAUGUACAUCCUUUGAGUGGUGAGUUGUAUUACUUGCGCAUGCUUUUGAUGAUUGUUAAAGGGGCUAGGUCUUUCGAAGAUCUUCGAACAUAUGCUGGUCGUCUUUAUCACACCUUUAAAGAGGCUUGUGCCGCGCAUGGUUUGUUGGGAGAUGAUAACGAGUGGUACAUAGUGUUUGAUGAAGCAGUUGUUUGGGGGUUUGGGCAUCGACUUAGACAGCUAUUUGUGACUAUGCUCAUGCAUUGUUCUAUCAAGGAUGAGAUGGGUUUCUUUGAACGUUACUGCGCUAGCAUGUACGAUGAUAUCGAGCAUGGGUUCCGUCGUGCCCUGGGUAAUCCAAACUAUGUUGUUCCUCCUGAAAGAUUGAGAAAUAUGCUUCUUGACGAGUUGGCCGACGUUUUCUUGAAACAUGGUUCUGAUAUAAGAAGUUUUAACUUGCCGUCUCGCUCUGGCGAAGGUGAGCAGUCUGAUGAUAAUCGUCUAAUUCGUGAGGAACUGUCUUAUGAUGCAUGUGCUCUGUCUAAACAGUCCUUGGUUAUGUUUGAUAGUUUAAAUGAGGACCAAUUGGUUGCUUAUAAGACGAUUGUAGAGUGUGUGUAGGCGGGGAGCCCGGGCGUUUUUUUUUGUCUCUGGGUGCGGUGGUACUGGGAAGACAUACCUAUGGAGUGCAAUAUGUGCUUUCCUUAGGGGCUAGAGGAAGAUAGUGCUUACUGUUGCGUCGUCAGGAAUUGCAUCACUGUUGUUGCCUGGUGGGAGGACCGCUCAUUCUCGCUUUAAGAUACCUAUUCUUCUUGAAGAUAAUACACAUUGUGAUAUUAGAAGAGGCUCUAAGCUUUGUAAGUUGUUGAUGGUAUCUUCGCUUGUUAUUUGGGACGAGGCGCUGAUGACACACAGGAAAUGCUUUGAGGCUGUAGAUAGAACUUUGCGUGAUGUCCUCUCUGUGGCUAAUCCAGAUCUUGCGGAUAUUCCGUUCGGUGGAGUAGUGAUGAUCUUGGGUGGUGACCUUAGACAAAUCUUAUCGGUCGUUGAGGGAGGUACUAGGCCUCAGAUCAUUGAUGCGGCAAUCACGAAUUCUCCGCUAUGGCAUUCUGUACAAAAAUUGUCGCUUUUCUAUUAACAUGCGCUUGGGUGUGCAUGGUGCGGAUACCCAGGCGCAGAAGGAUGUUGCCUUAUUUAGCAGAUGGGUGCUAGAUCUUGGGGAAGGGAAGUUGCCUGUCACAAGGCGAGGCGAUGAGGUUGAGGCUUCUUGGAUACAGAUACCGGACGACCUCUUGGUUUGUACGUCUGGUGAUCCAAUAGCUGCUAUUGUUUCUUCUGUCUAUGGUGAUUUUUUGCAUAACUACUUGCAAGAGAGAGCCAUUUUAGCCCCUACCAAUGACCAUGCUGAGGAUAUUAAUGAUCAUAUUCUUGCAUUGGUUCCUACUGAUAGCAGAGACUAUUUGAGUGAUGAUUCUAUUGACGAUUCUUCAGAUUCUGUUAGGGACAAAGAUGUUUACUAUCCAGUCGAGUACCUGAAUGCAACUAAAAUUAUAAAUUUCCCAAAUCAUAGGCUGACUCUUAAGGUUGGUGUUCCGAUUAUGCUUCUUAGAAACCUGAGCCAAGCAAAUGGUUUGUGUAAUGGUACACGACUAAUUGUAAAAGAAUUAGGUGAUCGGCUUAUCGAAGCUGUCAUUAUGACCGGCUCACAUGUGGGUGAUACUGUUUAUACCCCCAGGAUUGAAUUAUUGGCAAAGAAGGGAAAUGCACCCUUUGUGCUUAGACGUCGCCAGUUUCCUGUUCGUGUGUGCUAUGCCAUGACAAUUAAUAAGAGCCAGGGACAAACCCUGUCUGCUGUUGGUAUAUAUCUUAAAAGUCCUGUUUUUUCUCACGGGCAGCUAUAUGUGGCAGUGUCUCGUGUUACGUCGAGGGCUUCCUUGAAAAUAGUUAUAUUAGAUGCUGAUGGCAAAUGUGGCUCUGAGACCAAGAACAUUGUUUUCCCUGAGGUCUUCCGGGCCGCGGGGAUGACUUAGGUUUGUGUAUGAUGGUAGUCUUCAUUUUGGUAGCUUUUGGCAUGCUUUUGUGAGUUGGGUGAUAUUUUGGGUGGCGACAUAUAGUGUUGGCUGAAUAAAUGUGUCGUUCCAUGCGAUGGGGGUGAUAUUUUGAAUGUUCGCGUGUCCUGGGAUUGGCUUUAUUCCGCGGUUUGGUUUAGAUUUACUGAGUUUAACGGUGAAGUUGUGUUUUGGUGCUGAUACUUUUGUAGUACAUGGCGAUGACUGAUCUACAGGCUCUUCUUGUGGGGAACAAGAACCUGACCAUCCGUGUGUAUGUUUCACGUCUGUAGCAGCAUUGUGGAUCCACUGACAAUGUUCCUAUCAAACACACUGACAUGGUCCUUUUGAUGCGCAGGUCUAACAUCUAUGCUGAGAUUGGUGAGAAUCUUGUGCCUAAGUUCAAUUGAGACAACCACAUCCAUGUUGUUUCUUGGCAUGGGCAACCACAUCUAUGCUGAUAUUGGUGAGAAGCACGUGCUAAUACCCUUUUUUGUGACUUGCAUUGAUAUUUUUCUUAUUUGACCCCACCAAAAUAUAUCUCAAUGCAGCUAUUCUCUAAUCUAAACAUGGAUGACUUUCAACAGCAUCUUAGUUUUCAUGCAUUUAGCAAGAGAAUGCUACUUUGUUACUUGGUUUGAUAAAAUAA